UUGGUGAAGGGACGGAAAAAUGUUCAUGUCUCGUCCCCGGCGGAUGGAGACGGAGCGGAGGUUAUUCAUGCGUUCUCUGUGUAGAACAGAUGGCAGUGAGUCGUCGGUAUCAAGUGUAUCUCUCCGUCUCAUAUUGAGUCUCAGUGAGCAGCGCGAUCCCAAGUCUCGAGUUUCUCGUUCGGAUGCCUGGUCUCUCGUCGAUCGGAUGUCAGGGAUUGGGGCGGAGCGGGCGGCGAUGCUGGUAGUCGGCGAGGCGGACCCCGGACACCGCGGGCGCGAGACGUGAUUUUAAUCCCGUGUCGUCCUUCUCGAAAGGAGGCGCGGCCAUGUUCGACUUCGACUCUGCGGGAAGAGCACAACUCCUUUGAGAGGGCACCGCCACCCUUCUGUCACCGACAUCCAACGAUCAAACCGUCACCAGAAUGCCAUGCAAUUUGAAGACGAGAUACAUUCCGGCGACUUUUGCGUGGGCCAUCCUACUCGUCACGACUUCGCUAUUUUUCUACUUCCCGUGCCAGUUCUUUAUACACAAAUACCCAUGGGUACCGGCAAUGCAAGGUGCGAUUACAUUCUUUGUGCUAGCAAAUUUUACUUUAGCAACUUUCAUGGACCCCGGUGUCAUUCCGAAAGCCUCACCAGACGAAGAUAGGGAAGAUGAUUUACGCUCCCCUCUUUACAAAAGCAUUGACAUUAACGGUAUAAGCGUAAGGAUGAAAUGGUGCGUCACGUGUAAAUUUUAUCGGCCGCCGAGGUGUUCGCACUGCAGUGUGUGCAACCAUUGUAUAGAGACGUUUGACCACCACUGCCCUUGGGUCAACAACUGCAUCGGAAGGAGGAAUUACCGAUAUUUCUUUUUCUUCUUAGUCACUCUCAGCAUUCACAUGACAUCAAUUUUUACAUGUUGUUUAAUUUAUAUUUUGAUUCAUAAGGAUAAACUUAAUGAAUUAACAUCAAUCAUAUCGUUGGGCAUAGUGUCAUUAAUAGUUGUAUUAUUUAUUCCAAUAUUUGGCCUCACGGGAUUCCAUAUAGUAUUGGUUGCAAGAGGCCGAACUACAAACGAACAAGUAACUGGGAAGUUCAAAGGUGGCUAUAAUCCGUUUUCAUACGGUUGUUGGACGAAUUGCUUUUACGUAUUGUGCGGCCCUCAGUUUCCCAGUCUAUUGAAACCGAACAAAUACACUGGGAAGAAAAAAGAGAGUCCGUCGAUAUCGACGAUAACGCAUGACAGCCAACAGGUGAAAACAUACAUGGAUACCAGCAAUGGUGUCCGAAGCAAUAAUCCCAAUGCUUACAAUAAGCUAUCGCCGGGGCGUGACGUCUGUGACGAAAUGAUGGAACCGACAGCUUCGCAGUCGCAAGAUUGCGAGCCGACUCCUCCUCUUCACAGGCAUGGGUCCAAGACAAACUUCUACCUUCCACCAGUUGAUGCAGAUUCUCCGCGCAACUAUCCACCAAGACCACGAACAAGAAUGGAUAUGGCAGGCUCUCGGAGCCAUACCCCAGAUCUUGAAAGAGGCUUAGGAGUGGCCCCUUCACCGACGAUGCAUCAGCGUAUAAAAGCUAUUGGAGUGCCAACGCCUUUGGCGAUAUCUAGUCCCCUUAGGAGGUCCAAUCCAGGUACGCCGACUCAGCCCAGAAGGCCCGAUUUUAUAGGAGUUUCGGGAAAUGGUAAUGGAGUUGGUGGGACAUAUUACGAGUUUAGAGGGGGUGGAGGUGAGGCGAGUCCACAGAGACGUUUUCUUUCAGAGGGAGAACUGCUACGAGGAGAGUCCCAGCAUUAUGCAAGGACUAACAAUACCGUCGAUAACAUAAGAGAGUUAGCUGGCUCACCACAAAGGGGUGUUUACACUUGGAAGGACACGUCUCCGAACACCUACACAACACAGAGGAUACCAAGUUAUGACCAUCAUUAUAGGUCUAAUCCGACGAGCCCGACUCAACGCGGCUACUACCAAGGAGCACCGCCAAGAGGUGGCGUGGCCGUCUACCCGCCUCAACAAUCGCCACAGGUCAAAAGAAAAAACAUGACGACGCCUGUCACUCCCCAGGACACUAGGAGGCGGCCCAUGUCAUUCGUCAGGGCGCUGGAAAUGUCUGAUUCUAUGGAAAUGCAAGCAACCCAGGACCAGAGAAGGGGCACCACUCCGACUCCGGACCGAGCGAGCGUGUAUGACAUGAACUAUGAAAUAUCUGUAUAGCAUGUUUUUAGAUUGGUGUCACUUUCCAGAGCUUGAAACUCUCAUGUCGAGUGCAAUUACACCGUGUUCUUGUUAUGUGUUGAGUGUAUUGUCUUGAAAACUGCAAAACUGAUUGAAUCAUAAACAUUUUCGCGAACCUUAUUAACUAAAUGAUUUUUUUAAACAAAAGUCUUUCUUUGUACUGACUUCUGCCACAGUACAACAAAACUUAGUGACAGACAUCACUUUAACAAUGAAUUAUUGUAUAAAUAUUUUAUGUACAUAAUUUUUUUUUUUUUUUUGUUAUAACGACUCAAUUUGUUAUAUGUUUAGAAUAUUAAUUGUUUCAAUUUUUAUUUAUUCGAAGGACUUAUUCCAAUUGCCGUGCAAUAAAUUACAUGUCUUUAGGAAAAAAUAUUGAUCAUGAAUUAUUGUUGUGCAGGUAUUUUCCCCAUUAAAAAGCUAUUAAUUAAGAUGUACUACUGGUAAUUUUAUAUAACUUGCUCACUCGGUAAGUACCUAUGUCUAUCAAAUUUGUGUGAAUGUUUAGAAUCCAGAUCUCUUUUUUUUUAACCCAAAAAAAAAAAAAAAAUGAGGGUUCAUUGGUUAGCCGGAAGGGUUCUUUAAUUGUUCCGGUCAUCCUUUUUAUUAGAAACAUUUCUAUACGAUUCCCAGAACAAAUUUUUAAAAAGAAGUAAAUUAUUUUUUAUAUAUCAUUUUUAUUUAAUUUAAACUGUCCUUUUUCCCUGUACUUAACAAUACUAAUUGAUUUUAUACAUUGUGCCAAUGUAAUAGCAGGGAGGUGUCAUUUUGGUGUACAUCUUAAUUGCACUGGGAUUUGUAUAUCAACAUCCCAUUUUUGGUUUCGGUUUUUUAUUAUUAAAUUUUUUAUAGCAUUCGCCUAGUCAAAUAAUUUUUAUUAUUAUUGUUAUUGAUUAACAGUAUAAUGUUAAUUUCACCCUCAUUUGUGGAAAUAAGAAUUUAUAUGAAAUAUCCAUAUUGUAUUACAUUUUUUCUCUUUCUCUCAGGAAAUUCUAUUACAUUGGUAUUAUUGCCACCGUCAAUGAGAGUUGUUAUUAAUUAUUAUACUCAAAACUAUAUGUACAGGUACAAAUUGUAAAGUCUAAAAUUAUAUAUUUAAAAAAAGAA